ACUUAAACCACGCGCGCACCAGCAACCACAAGCAACAACUUGUCUCUUCGUUUCACUUCACUUUCAUCUCAACGCCAUCUCUCAAUGAUUUCUGUGCCAGGCCGUGAGGUCUUGCAGGCAAUGAAACGAGUCGAUAUCCAGAAGUUGUGCAAAGAAUACGGCGUAAAGGCGAACCUCAAAACAGAAGCAUUAAUAGACCUUUUGCUUGAUGCAUCCCAACCCCACCCCUCCCGAAGCAUUCUUCCGCAGCCGCCCCAGCGAUCUACAUCUGUCAAAAUAAUAAUUCAACCCGGCGAUAGACCUCGCGGGCGCUCUAGUGGAUCUGUCAUCAUCCAUGAUACCGACGAAGAAGAAGAAGGAGAAGAAGCUAUCGGAGAAAUAGAAGUGGAACAGCAACCGAAAGAACACAAACCUCCACCGGCCCCUGUUGACCCCACUCCAAGAACGCGCAAAGCUAAAGAUACCCAAUACCGUCUUGGUGUUGGUCGACCUGUCAUUGCCGGAGGUAGCGGCGCUCGUGCUGUAACUAAAUCUGCUAGUGUCUCAAGAGGGAGUAAGAGGGCGAAAAGCAUAAAAAAUGUCAAGCCAUCAGAAGACCCCAUUGCUGAAGAGCCAGAACCAGAGCCAGAGCCGAUUCCCGCCGUAACACGUCAGUCCCUUAAACAAACGAAUUCAAGUUGUCGAGUUACUCACUCUCCCAUAGCAUCAGAACAAGCAGGAUUGAUCGACUCUUUGCCACUGCCCCAGCCACACUCCAUACCAAUACAGACCCAUACCACAGGGAUCAUAGAGCCUUCGUCCUCCCAAAUAGUUGAGAACGCAGUGGCUGCGGCUCUUGCUCCAGUACAAAAGGAACUGGAGGAUCAGAAAGCUCAGUUGUCUGAGUUAAGAGACAAAGUCUCUGGCAUAAUCGAGACAUUCGAAACACGAAUUUGGGGCCUCGCGACAGAGAUUGAACGCCUACGUGCACAAACACCUGGACAUUGUACUGCUGAAAUUCAGAGACCCAAUGAGACUCCCCAACGAAUACCAAAUCCUCCUUCAACCCCCAAACGCGUACGCAGUCCGGUUGAUCCUCUUGGCGAUGCUCUGCCAGAGUCGUCAGCAACUUCUAGCGAUUCCCCGAAUCCCAAUGGCUUACUCGGUCAUCAAGAGCGAGAGACAGAUAACUCGAACCAGGGGGGGUCGCUUCUUCCUGGCUUUCGUACCAUUCUUGGGAAGCGCCCUCGAGAUUCUACUACCAGUACCACUACUACGUUUUUUGAGCUUGGACAAGAGGAAGAGCUUUCUGAAACUGAGAUUGCGAAGAGAAUUCCUCGGCCCGCUCAGAAGCGUGCUAAAUUAAGUUCCUCUGCCAUUACGGAGGACGCAGAUGACUGUUCGGGCCCGUCGUCAGGCGCACAGGGAAGUCAAGACACCAAUCCUGCCCCCUCACAACCCUCCCCAAGACCUGGUUUCCCCAUAUUCGGUGAUCCUGGUUACGUAGAGAUGCCUCCGCCCACAGACAGCCUCCUUGAUUUCUUCGCACCACCUUCACCUCCGUUGAUGAGCGUGUCCACCACUGUGGGAGCGCCUACAGAUACUUUCCGUUUUGGUUAUCUGCCUGCAUCCACUCCAGCUCGUUUCACUUUCCCCACUGCAAUGGGAACCUUCCCACAUCCAGAACCCCCGACAUCUCCAUCACCAGCAAAUAGUGUGGAUCGGCCACGCAGUCGUCAGUCAGAGCACCUCGGGAUUUUCGGACAUCGCCGCGGUAGCUCUGGAACGACUGGCAGGAGUGGGUCAGGCGGACCGGCAGGCGGACAAGAAAGUGGUCUAAAUCCCUCGAUGUGGGCUGGCAGUAUACAGAGACAGCCAUCCAGCAAUGAGGUGGCUUCGGGUUUGGGACUGACUGUACUGCGCACUGCGGCGACGGAAGAGGGCACUCCAGUACCUCCCGCACGCCGUACUAUGUACGGGACUGAGUUAGAAGGGGACACUCGGUUUGGUGAUUUUGGCGUUGAGGGUGUGGCGACUGGCUUUUGGGCUGGAGGAAGGCGCUGAUAAUUUUAUCAUUUCGGACAAAUUUCGGACCUUUAUUUUGCUUUUACUGUGUGUUACGACUAUCUACCUUUCAUCCUAAUAUACUC